AUGGGUGUGGGUGUGGGUGUGGGGAAGUUGAACUUUCUAUCGACGGACCUGGCCGUGUUAGCGCAGAGCAACAACAAAUGCAGGAAGCACGUGUGUUGGAGAUCGAAUACGGCGGCGUUUCACCACCGGAAGCCGAUCUCCUGGUCUGUGCUUUGCGGUUUCAUGCUUUUUGGGCUGGGCCUCAUUUCCCUCUUGACGGGCCACAUGGCCUCUGAUCUUGAAUGGUACUCUCAGCGAUUGGUCCAUCGCACUCUCUACUCUGCAUUGGAGGGAAACUAUCGCGCGUCAGUCGAUGUUUGGAAAUCGCAGUAUUCUAAAUAUUACUACGGGUGCUGUGAAAGGGGACGCGGUUAUGCUCCUGCUGUCCGUGAGCCGUUGUCAAAUGGGUACUUGCUUAUUGGAACUAGUGGAGGAUUGAACCAACAAAGAACUGGGAUAACAGACGCUGUUGUUGCUGCACGAAUUCUUAAUGCCACAUUAGUUGUACCUGAGUUGGAUCAUCAUUCUUUUUGGAAGGAUGACAGUGACUUUGUCGAUAUUUUUGAUGUUGAAUGGUUCAUUUCUUAUCUCGCAAAAGAUGUUACUAUAGUCAAAAGAGUUCCUGAUAAGUUCAUGCGGUCAAUGGAGAAACCACCAUAUACGAUGCGUGUCCCAAGGAAAUCAGAGCCAGAAUAUUAUCUUGAUCAAGUUUUGCCUAUACUUUUGAGAAGACAGGUUGUUCAAUUGACAAAAUUCGACUACAGACUUGCAAAUAACCUUGAUGAUGAGCUACAGAAACUACGAUGCCGUGUCAAUUUUCAUGCUUUGAGAUUUACCAAACCUAUUCAAGAACUUGGUCAGAGAAUUGUUAUGAGAAUGCAAAAUAUGGCACAGCGUUUCAUUGCAGUCCAUUUGAGGUUUGAACCGGAUAUGCUAGCAUUUUCAGGUUGUUAUUUUGGUGGGGGAGAUAAAGAGAGACGCGAGCUUGGUGAAAUCAGAAAAAGGUGGACAACAUUACCUGAUUUGAGCCCAGAUGGAGAGCGGAAGAGAGGGAAAUGUCCUCUUACUCCUCAUGAAGUGGGUUUGAUGUUACGGGCACUUGGCUUUUCAAAUGACACAUAUCUCUAUGUUGCAUCAGGAGAAAUAUAUGGGGGGGAUGAAACUAUGCAGCCCCUCAAAGAUCUUUUCCCCAACAUUUAUACAAAGGAGAUGCUAGCUGAUGAAGAGCUGAAACCUUUCCUUCCAUUCUCUUCACGCCUUGCUGCUAUUGACUACAUUGUUUGUGAUGAAAGUGAUGUAUUUGUCACUAAUAACAAUGGUAAUAUGGCCAAGAUUCUUGCAGGUCGAAGGAGAUAUAUGGGUCACAAAAGAACAAUUAGACCAAAUGCAAAGAAGAUUGGCACGCUAUUGGCAGCAAGGCAUGAAAUGGACUGGGAUACCUUUUCCAAAAAGGUUAAGUCAUGCCAGAGAGGAUUCAUGGGAGAGCCCGAUGAGAUGAGACCUGGACGGGGUGAAUUUCAUGAAUUUCCAAGCUCCUGCGUGUGCAAGAGAGCAUAUGUGAAAGAAGAACUCGGGAAAGAGGUAUACCGUCCCCCUAAACUCCGGGCAAUAAAUUUGACGAAAGCUGAUUCCUCGUUGAAUGGAAUUAGAAGAAGAGGCAGGACAUGA